AUGGAGCGCCCAUCACCGAGGGAACCCCCUGGCCAUCCUCACCAGGGGGAGGCCUCUGCCUGCUGCCGGCUCACCGUGAGGGUCCUGGAGGCGCGGAACCUGCCGCAGGCCGACCUGUUGAGCGAGGCAGACCCAUAUGUGAUCAUACAGCUGCCAACCGCUCCUGGAACAAAGUUCAAGACGAAAACAGUCACCAACUCCAGUCACCCUGUAUGGAACGAAACCUUCAGUUUCCGAAUCCAGCGUCAGGUCAAGAAUGUUCUGGAGCUGAGCAUCUAUGAUGAGGACUCAGUCACGGAGGAUGAUGCCUGCUUCAGGGUUCUCUAUGAUGUCUCAGAAGUCCUUCCUGGCAAGCUGCUCCGGAAGACCUUCUCCCUGAGUCCCCAGGGGCAGGAGGAACUGGAUGUGGAGUUCCUGAUAGAGGAGAUGUCGGACCACCCAGAAAACCUCAUCACCAACCAAGUCCUUGUGGCCCGAGAGCUGUCCUGCCUGGAUGUGCAUCUGGACAGCACCGGGAGCACGACUACGGACUCAGAUCAGGACAAGCUGGAGUUGGAGCUGGUGGUGAAGGGGUCAUAUGAGGACACACAGACGUCUGUGCUGGGCCCAGCCUCUGCCCUCUGCUUCCACUACCUGGCAGCCCAGGGGACAGAGCUGAGUGGGUGCCUGAGGAGUGUCACAGGCAAUGGCUGGAACCCAGAGAGCUUAGAGGAGCACCUCACUGUUCCCCUGAAGUCUCUGGCCAUGGGGGAGGAGGUGACCAUCGAUGUCCCUGCCCCUCGUGCCCCAGGAGUGAGGCUACAGCUCAAGGCAGAGGCCUGCCCCGAGAAGCUGGCUGUACACUUGGGCUUUGACCUGUCUGCAGAGGAGAAAGCCUUCCUGAGGAGGAGAAAGCAGGUGGUGGCUAAGGCCCUGAAGCAGGCUCUGCAGCUGGAGGGAGACCUGCAGGAGGAUGAGGUCCCUGUCGUGGGCAUCAUGGCUAUAGGAGGGGGUGCCCGGGCCAUGACCUCGCUCUAUGGCCACCUAUUGGGCUUGCAGAAGCUGGGCCUCCUGGACUGUGUGACCUACUUCAGUGGCAUCUCGGGCUCUACAUGGACAAUGGCCCACCUAUACGGGGAUCCCCAGUGGUCGCAGCGGGACCUUGAGGGGCCCAUCCGACACGCCCGGGAGCACCUGACCAAAAACAAGCUGGAUGCCUUCUCCCCAGAGCGUCUGAGGAGCUACCAGCGAGAACUGGAGCUGCGGGCCGAGCAGGGCCACCCCCUGACCUUUGUGGACCUGUGGGCCCUAGUGCUGGAGUCCAUGCUGCACGGCCAGGUGAUGGACCAGAAGUUGUCAGGACAGAGAGCUGCACUGGAGCAGGGGCAGAACCCUCUGCCCCUCUACUUGAGCCUCAAUGUCAAAGAGAACAAUCUGGAGACCCUCGACUUCAAGGAGUGGGUUGAGUUCUCCCCCUACGAGGUAGGGUUCCUGAAGUACGGGGCCUACAUCCCCCCUGAGCUCUUCGGCUCCGAGUUCUUCAUGGGACGGCUGAUGAGGAGGCUCCCCGAGUCCCGGAUUUGCUUUCUGGAAGGUAUCUGGAGCAACAUUUUCUCCCUGAACUUGCUGGACGCCUGGUAUGACCUCACGAGCUCUGGCGAGACCUGUAAGCAGCACAUCAAGGACAGGAUCAGGAACAUGGAGAAGGAGGCCCCUGCCUCCCCAGGGACCGCCUCGUGUCUGGAGGCCUCGUGGCUGCAGCCCGGCACGGCACUGGCCCAGGCAUUUAAGGGCUUCCUGACAGGCAGGCCCCUCCACCAGCACAGCCCCAACUUCCUCCUGGGCCUCCAGCUGCACCAGGAUUACUGUGGCCAGAAACACUUCUCUACCUGGGCAGACUGCCAGCUGGACGCCACCGCCAGCCAGCUGACCCCCCAGGAGCGCCAGCUCUGCCUGGUGGACACCGGCUACUUCAUCAACAGCAGCUUCCCCUCCAUGUUCCGCCCGGGCCGCAGGCUGGACCUCAUCCUCUCCUUUGACUACUCCCUGUCCUCACCCUUUGAGGUGCUGCAGCAGACCGAGCUCUACUGCCGGGCCCAGGGCCUGCCCUUCCCGCGGGUGGAGCUGAGCCCUCAGGACCUCCGCCAGCCCAAGGAGUGCCACCGCUUCUCGGACCUCGCCUGCCCCGAGGCCCCUGUCCUGUUGCACUUCCCACUGGUCAACGCCUCCUUCCAGGAGCACUCAGCCCCGGGUGUCCGGCGCAGCCCCGCGGAGCUCCAGGCUGGCCAAGUGGAUCUCGAUGUGGCCACCUCUCCCUAUUCCCUGUUCAACAUGACGUACACGGAGGAAGACUUUGACCGCCUGCUGAGCCUCAGCGACUACAAUGUGCGCAACAGCCAGGCCGCCAUCCUGCAGGCCUUGAGGAGCUCUCUGAGGCGCCAGGCCCCAGAGGUGAUGCUUCCAGGGGCUCAGACAUGAGGCCACUCGGGGCCUCGGGAUCCUGAGGAGCACACUCUGCCUCUCCAGAGGCUGGGGGCUGAAUCCUUCCAGCUCUCCCAGGCCUGGAUCACCUCUGCUGGGAGUCUCACUGCCCAGGGGACUUUGUUCCCCCUAAAGCUCUCAUUUAGGACACAACUUGUUUGAGGGGAGCUAGCAAUAAACUCUUCCCAGGCCAGUGCAUAGAACAGCUGGUCCAGCCAAACAUUCUCAUGCAAUUAUUUCCAUGCCUGAGCAGAAUGGAUUUGGGGUGCAAGCCAGAGGCGUCAGACCAGGAGAGGGGACAGGAAGGGUGGAGAAUCUCCUGGAUAGAGAGGUGGCUCCAGGCAUUAGGAGUCAGUGUGUCCUGAACACACUUACUCCUUAACCCCCAUGCUCGAAGUACACACAUACACAUGCACACACACACACACAACUAUGGCUGUCCUGGCCUCAGGUGUGUGUCACAGCUGGAGCCCCAGGACCAGGUGACCUCUCCCCAGGACGCUUCUUCCUCUGUCUCUUCUGUAUUUGGCUUUAUUUUGAU